AUGAAGCUCAUCGGUGCCCUGCUGGUGCGCCGAAUGCUUGCUGGCAAGGUCUUCCUGGCGAUCCUGGCCGAGCUCGUCCACGCGCCCACCCAGGAGGCCAUGGAGAGCGCGGCGGCGCUGCUCACCGUCGCGGGCGGGUUCUUCGACACGCGGGACCUCGAGUGGACGCACCACGCGUGCCUCGACGACAUGUUCUCCCAGCUGCGGUCGGUCGCCGGGCGCCCCUCCUGUUCCGCGCGCACCAGGUGCCUGCUCACAGGACGUCCUCGACCUGCGGGCCGGCGGCUGGGUGGGCCGCCAGCGGUGGCGGGAGGCGGCCCCGUCGACGCUGAAGGAGGUCAGCGCCCAGCAGGCCGUGGACCUCGGUUUGGCCCUCCAGUAGAGCAAGCAGGGCCGAAGGCGCCAGGGGCGUGGCCUCCGCCCUCGCGCACCGCACACUCGGCGUGA